AAGUUGUCUCGUAGGGUUGACGGGGAUGAGCCAGCGAGCGGUGUGAGCUCAAGGCGGAUUCGUUAAUUCGGGACGCUGGUUCGGAGAUCAUGUAGCUUAUUGCAACGAGUUUCCGGACAGUCGUUUUCCGUGAUUCUCUUAGCGUAGGAACCGGCUCGCAUUAGCAACGUUGUAAGAAACGAGCCCGUUCGCGUUCCAUGACUUCUCCACUCGAUCACACGUUAACAGAAGAUGACAGUAUUAGAAACGGAGGAAGACGCAGAUAAACGCUCGGUUCCUCCUAGAAAGAAGUUCUGCUUGUCCCUGUCCGGCCGCGGACGUGCAAUUCCCAUUGUCGUCCCGCAGCCCCCUCCUACAUCCACAAGAGGGGGCCUUCUGGAUAGAACAGAUUUUUCAUUUAGUACAAGCAAAAUGUUGAAUGGCUAUCGAAAUCAGGUUAGCAAUUAUCAGGAUGGAAGUUACGACAUGUCUGGUACCAGUUCGGAAGGAUUGAAGAUAGCCACUUUAUGCAAUCUAGGAAAUACCUGCUUCCUCAAUAGUGUAUUAUAUACUUUACGAUUCGCGCCUUCCUUUCUGCACAAUUUACAUCAUCUAGCCACUGACUUGUCUAACCUAAAUGAUAAGCAACUUCAGACAAAAGCCAAAUCUUCUUCAUUAGGUAGAACCGGUGUAUCGUUAACAUCGAGCAGUAGUCGUAGUUGGAGCAGUAAAGAUCUAUUGGCAUUAGCUGGGUCAACAUCAGAAGCCAAUAAACCACGUAUUCAAAUAGCCACUGAAAGAUUACACGAGCUCUUUAUGGCACUACGAGCUUCGGAAGUACGAGAGAAUAGCGAACCGUAUCAACCGGAUGCCUUUUUACAAGCUCUUAGAGAAGUAAAUCCAAUAUUUGAAGGAAAUCAGCAGCAGGAUGCUCACGAGCUGCUAGUCUGUUUGCUUGAUAACAUUAGAGAGACUUUUCAAUUAUUGGUCAGAUAUAGAGAGAGCCAAUUCGGUCAAAGCAACGGUGGUUUUCCUGAAUUUACCGCAAAUCACUCGUCGACAGACACACAGUCAGAGAGCAGCAGUUCCGGGAAGAGAAGCAUUCGUAAGUCCAGAAAGAAGAAGAAGAUUACGAGCAGAGGGAGUUCGGUAUCUCUUGCGCAGCCAAAUACGAACGGCGUCGUAGGACCCGCGAGACUGUAUGAGAACGGUCACGCAGAGUUUGUCGAAAGUAACGGCGAGAUUGGAAUACGUAAGCCGGAAAGCAAGAAAUGUUUUAUCUCAGAGGAUUUUGAAGGUGUCAGCCUAUUGCGCACAACAUGUCUCGAAUGUGAACACGUGACGGAAAGGAAGGAGACAUUUUGCGAUAUAUGCGUUCCCAUUGACAUCGAUCGUUCGAAUGAGAAAGAUAAUGAUGGUGAAUUGGUGGAUAGCAGUGAGGUAUACAAACGCGCUGUAGUGACUAGUGAAUUGCUUUGGGGUAGGGAUAAGUACUGGUGUGCACGGUGCCUACGGUAUAAUGAAGCUCGUAGAGCCGUAUGUUUUCCUUCCUUACCCAGACUCCUUAUCUUGCAGUUGAAGAGGUUUUCUACUGCUGCUGGUUCGAUGGAGAAAAUCAAUAAUCACAUGCCCACGCCACUUACCUUGCAAUGCUUCUGCGAGGAGUGCAGUAAUGAUGAGACCCAUGGGACGACAGCUGGUAGUAGCACGGAGACGCGACACGUGUACAAAUUAUAUUCGGUUAUAAUGCACCAAGGUGCAACGAUGACCGCCGGUCAUUACGUCGCUUAUACACGUUUACCCGACGAACCUGCGUACGCGGAGUAUUCCCAAUGCGAUCGCGACAAUAAACGGCAGAAUUUGAGUCAGGCUGGUACCGCGAGCGCGAACUCGUCAUCGUCUUCUUCCUCUUCAGACAAACCAUUGGGUAUACUUAAGUACUUGUACAGAAGCAAGCCCAGCACAAACGAGAAUAAGGAACAGCUGGUGAAUAGGAUCGGCUGUCGUAGCAUGGACUGUUGCGGCAUUAAACGAAAUAAACAGGGCGUCACAUGGCUGGAGUGCGACGAUGAGGCGGUACACGUGAUCCCACUGCGAGAACUCGAGGACAAAUUAGCGCCCAACGCGCGGAAUUCCGCCACCCCUUAUCUCUUGUUCUACGUGAGGUCGACGACGUAAGCCGCCGUUUUUUGUCUCCCUCCCGCGACGGAAGUUUAAUAUCAAAAUGUCUCGGUUUGGAAUUCCAAGCGAGGCAACGAGCACACGAUGACAAAAACGGGCCUCGUUCUUCCCAUACUUGCCCUCUCUUCCUUCUCCUCUCCCUCUUCUCUUCCUCCGUAUUCUCCAAUAAUUACGCGCUGUGAUGUAUCGCACAUUCCAGAUCACCCGAGUUCUUCUUCCUCUAUACGUGCCGCAUCGGGUUUUAGAGAGGCGAGCGUGUAUUAUUUUCGUAGGAAGUAAAACUGUCUAUCGCCAAUCAUGUUACGUAAGGUAGAGUCCCGGCGAGAUCGGGUGGUAUACGAAUCGACCUCUGUAUAUGUAACGAAACACCAUCGAGCUCGAUUUAACGAAUCGUAAAGCGAGCGACGCGAUUCCGCGCGUAGACGACUUAGCCUUAGUUGGGACGUGGAACGUUUUAUCAUUCAGUUAUCUGUAAAAUAAAAAAAAAUUAUGUAUUCUUGACACACCUGUCUAUCGCACGUGCUUUGUGCCGUAUCGUGAGAUGGAGGCACCUGACCCAAUCCUUAGAAAAUCUACAAGCGACUUUAUA